AAUCGGAUGUUAUGACCAAAUGCGAGAGAUGCUGUCAGUAGGAACGUACAAACGGGUGAAUGUUUCGGAACGGGACAGAUUAUAUGACGGACUGCAAUGGCGCAUGUUUCAUCUGAAUGGAGUCCUGUGCAUUUCUGAUCUGGUUACAAAGGGACACAAGAGCAAAUGGCUUUAUCGAGAAAAACAUUCAAAACUCUGUUUGGAAUUCCUCGUGUCAUUUACAGAAAGCCUCUGUCAUUUCCUUCCACAUCACCCUCCUCGGGUAUAUUGAUCACCAGGGGUGCCUAUGAAAGAGAUUACAGGAGACCAGGCCAGGCCCCGGACACCCGCUGGCCCUGGCAAAAGAUACACUUUGACUUCUCCAAAGGUGUGGAAGGUAUCAGAAAGCAUUUCGGGCUGUUUAGGGAUGAGUUUGUAAAUCGCUUUACUGGGCCAGAAGGAAAACCUUUAAUAAAUCAUAUGUUGGAGCAGACCCAGGUCCAGUGGGAAUUCCGUGGACCGGAAAGUCUGAAUCAGUGGAUUGUGUCAUCUGAUCAGGAGAUUGGGGGCCGUAGUGCGGCAUACAUCAAGCUUGGAAGGAACAAUACCACGUGUUUUCUAUAUGGGAUGUUGUGCUCAACGGCUCCCCGUGAUGGAGAGACAAGAUAUAGUGGAUACUGCACAAUGCGAUCCAAACAACCACUGGGCUCAUUUGACCGAAAAAAGCACUAUGAUUGGUCUACUUUCAACACCUUACACAUGCGUAUCCGUGGAGAUGGAAGACCAUGGAUGGUGAACAUUUCAGCAGAAACCUACUUUUCUCACCAGAGAGAUGACAUAUAUAGUUACUUCCUCUACACGAGAGGGGGGCCCUACUGGCAAGAUGUCAAGAUCCCAUUCUCUAAAUUUUUCCUUUCUAGUCGGGGGAGGAUACAAGAUGAUCAGCAUGCUCUCUGGUUAGACAAGGUUAACAGUAUUGGUUUUACAUUGGGAGACAAAGCAGAUGGCCCAUUUCAGCUGGAGAUUGACUUCAUCGCACUGUGUAAUGACCAUGCCCAUACAGAGGAGUUUGCAUAUGAGCUUUAUAAGAGAAACCCAGAGGUCUAA